GGCUGUUCUUCUUCCCUCGCCCACGGCUCCUUCCUCAGAUGAGUGACGAUGAAACUGCCUCGAGGUGGUAGCGGCAGUGGCAGUUUGUACACCGGCAGUCCGUCCUGCUCCCUGUCGACCAUCCGUCCGUCCCGCUCCCUGUCGGCCAUCCCUGUGAAGGGUCCGAGUGCCGACAGUCCCCUUUCGCUGACACCUACCGGCUCAAGUCGUCGGAUCACGGAAGACACCCAGCCUCUUCCACCUUGCUUACCAACCAAAGCUGCCGAUGACAGUGUGCCGGUUGAGAUCCGCACUCUGCCUGAGGAAUGGGGAUUUUGGACUAUCGAGAUCUGCGGUCCGAUAAAACUGGUCAGUCAGUUCAGUCAACCAAGAAAACGAUGAGAUCUAUGUCCUGCUUCGUUCUCCCUUUUGUUCUGUUCAGUGGCUGAGGGACACUCCCGUCAACUCCCUCAUCGAUAUUGUCCUCGCGGGUGCUGUCAACUAUGCCUACUGCAUCGUCACCGCGGAUCUCAUCGGCUCCGAAAGACUGCUUUAUUGGUGGUUCGACAUUGCCUGUCGAUAUCUCUGGCCGACAUUGAUCCUCGCGUUUAAAUGCCUGGGUCAUUUCCAGCCUCCACGCAGCGUCCUUGAAAUGGUGCUUGUCAAUAUCGCCUGCAUCGUCUCCGUCGGACUGGGCAGCUUCGCUCUAUACAUUGCGCCAAUCGGACGUAAGAAACAACAAUGGACAGGGACAAUGAGCCAAUCUCGCAUGCAUCGGCUGGGUAUACCUCUUGUGAAUAGGUCUGUUCACGUUUCUGUGGUACAUCGGGGCGAUUUGGUGCGGAGGAUGCACCGUUUUAAUCUGUUUUGUCCCAAGGUCAUUUAAGGUCCCAACGAGUCCCCCCUCUCCUCGGGCCGACCGGUGUUGCAUUCCUCGUCCGCAUAUCAUUCAGCAUAUUCGCGCCAAAAGUUUUCACCUCUUCGAUAUGCAGACUCGAUUGCGUAUCAAAGACUCGCUCAGUCGUGUUCCUGCAAAGGCAGCGCCGUCGCAGUGGUAAGCCACUCGCGGACUUUCUUCGCUUAUAUCACCAACGACUCUCUCUUUCUCUGCCUGUGUGCAUGUAUGUCAUCCCAUUUGUCAGGAGAGAUCAGUCAAACUCUUGCUGUUUUUCCUCGUGAUGCUCGAUUGGACUUCCGAUCUUGCCGUCGGUGUUGACCUUGUCACUCGUGGGCUCCUCUGGCAAUCCGUCAUCAUCUUCGUCCUCUCUCUCUGCGACUGCAUUGCGCUCAAUGCCCACUGGCGUGCGCGGCCUCUGAUGGAAUUGUCCGUGAGAUUCCAUCUCAUUACUUUUAUCGUCUCGCUGGGAGAGAUACCUAUCGCCAUCAUUACCUUCAUGUCCAUGCCGGUGGAUCAGUCGGACCUCAGUACACUCGUCCUCUACGUCCUUUCAAUCGUCGUCACCUGUCUGAUGGUCUCCUUCAAAGGAGGAAUGCUGUUCGCCCAAAUGAGGAGAGAGCGACUGAGAGAGAAACGGACGACGAGCAGCAUCACGAGGACCACCACGAGCACCACCACGAGCACCCCCACGAGGGAGUACUGCUUGGGCUCAGUCUCGCACCAAGUCACAUAAGAUAGGCCGUGAAGAGCACGAUCUUGUGAGGUUCAAUCGAGUGGUGGCAUGGGGUGUAUUUCAUUCGAUGCUCUGCACACGUGAGGUGUGUGGUAUGCUGGCGG